GCGGGGGGCUGGUGCUCGGGCGGCUCGGGCGGCUCGGGCAGCUGGCGGUUGAGGCGCGGGGAGACGCGGCUGACGGAAGGUAACCCGGCUGUGGCCCCAGCGCCAGCAAAUUCAAGGCUUUCUCCCUGCAUUUCUUUGAGCUGCAAGACCUUAGUUGGAGCUUGCCAUGGGGAACCACUUGACCGAGAUGGCGCCCACCACCUCCUUCUUGCCCCACUUCCAGGCCCUGCAUGUUGUGGUCAUUGGGUUGGACUCGGCUGGAAAAACCUCCCUCCUCUACCGCCUCAAGUUCAAGGAGUUUGUCCAAAGUGUCCCCACCAAAGGCUUCAACACAGAGAAGAUCCGGGUUCCCCUGGGGGGGUCCCGUGGCAUCACUUUCCAAGUGUGGGAUGUUGGGGGGCAGGAGAAGCUGCGACCACUGUGGCGCUCCUACACGCGCCGGACAGAUGGGCUGGUGUUUGUGGUGGAUGCUGCCGAGGCCGAGCGUCUAGAGGAGGCCAAAGUGGAGCUGCACAGAAUCAGCAGGGCCUCGGACAAUCAGGGUGUGCCUGUGCUGGUGCUGGCCAACAAGCAGGAUCAGCCUGGGGCGCUGAGUGCAGCCGAGGUGGAGAAGAGGCUGGCAGUCCGGGAGCUGGCGGCUGCCACGCUCACCCACGUGCAGGGCUGCAGUGCUGUGGAUGGGCUGGGCCUGCAGCCAGGCCUCGAGCGUCUGUAUGAGAUGAUCCUUAAGCGGAAGAAGGCAGCCCGCGUGAGCAAGAGAAGACGGUGACCUGAGGCUGCCCCCUCCCUACCCGUAGGGGUCUGCAGACUUGGACAGCCAGGCAGAGCCUGUGACCCCUCACUCAGCCCUGGGUCAGGACCUGCCCACCAUGGUGAAGGACAUAGGAUCAUAUUGGGGGUCCUGUUUUGGAAUCACAUUGGGGAGGGAGGAAAAUGGGGUGUUUUCUUACAUCUCACCCUCAUCUUAACCUCUGGAGAAGUGGAGGCUGCAGGACUGUGGAGCUUAAAUGUAAACUGACUCUACCUCGACCCUGUUUCUUGUUAUCCUUCUCUGAUUUUUGAUUGGAUGUAUUUUGGGGCAAAGGAAAGUUGUUUGGUGAAUGCAUUUGGGAUGAACGAGAUCUGUGUUGGCCCUGCCCCCUCUCCACUGGGGAGUCUCCCCAUGCUAUUUUUCUAGGGAUGCCAGUCACAGCCGUCUUUAUUUUGUGCCUGUGAGAGUGCCAAGACCCCACUUCAUAUUUGUAGGUCCAGAACCCUUUUUAUAAGCUGUGUGUGUCCUCUGUAUGAUUAUUUUUAACUUUUUUAGCAUUUGCCUGUAAGUUAUUAAAGACUGAUG